AUGUGCUACCUGCACACCUUCGAGCCCAUGAUCAUCCACCGAGACCUGAAGAGCCUGAACCUGCUACUGGACAAGCCGGUGCUGGGCCCGCAGGAUCUGCCCUUGGUGAAGGUCUGCGACUUCGGUGUGGCCAAGCUGCAGGCGCCAGAGGGCCAGUGGGGCCAGAUGACGGCGCAGGCGGGCACCAAGCACUGGAUGGCCCCGGAGAUGUGGACCUCCUCGAGGUACGACGAGAAGGUGGACGUCUUCUCCUACGCCAUGGUGAUCUACGAGAUCAUCUGCCGCGAGGUGCCCUUCGAGGAGGAGGAGCCGGCGGACGUGGGGAAGUACACCUUGGCCGGGGUGCGCCCGGACAUGGACGCGGUGCCCCCGGACACCCCGCCGGAAAUCGUGAGCGUGAUGCAGACCUGCUGGGCCCAGGACCCCAGGGACCGGCCCGGCUUCCCCGAGGCCAAUCUUGCGCACAAGCCGUACCUGGAGGCUUUGAGCAUUGCGCCUUGUCACGCGGUCUCCAAAUCUCAGGACUCCGUGUUGGUGGACUACUUGAUGCAGUUCUUUCACAACAUCGCCUCUCGUUUGUAUGGCAUUUCUGUCCACUCGCAGAAAGCAUGGCACGGCAAGAGCCGAGGUAUGCUGAUGGCGUGCGGCUUUCAGCGGCAUAUCUUCAACUAUGCACCAGAACGGCUGGAAUCCUUGUCGAUCGUGUCGGCCAUCUACCUCUGUGACCUUUGCCGCCAAGUGGCCAACACGGACGCGGUGGUCCGCGCCACCCUAUUGGAGGAGAUGAUUUUCUCUGUGCUCACCGAUGCCUGGGUGGUAUAUUUGGAAGAUCCCCGGCUGGCGCCCCAUCUGGCGCUGAUGUGCUCGGCUUUCUGCUACCACGGAGAUGCCCACCAGGAGUUUGUGCUUCAAGGAGGGGUGCGCUUGGUGAUCCAAAUGUACAGCAAGUCCAAGGUGGAGCACGUGCGGCUCUGUUGCCUGCUCUGCCUGCUGUACCUGGCCGAGUCUGGCUCCUCCCAAAGGAGCAUUGCACAAGAGAAGGGCGUCAAGAUGCUACUCACGGCCUGCGAGAACGAGACCCACAUCGACUUGAUCGUGAACUCGCUGAAGGCCGCGCCGAUGUCCGCGCUGAUCCCCUUCGCUUGCUCCGACGAGUUCCGGCCGCAGCUGGGGAUGGACGGGGCCCUGGACACGUUCUCGGCCUUCAUGUUCUCCGACCAACUGCAGCUGCAGCAGUUGGGCAUCUACCUGCUGCAGAACCUCCUGGAGUUCCGAGAGAACCGGCGCAUCUUCCUGGGGGUUUCGGAGGAGAGGAAGUGCGAGGAGGACUACCUGGAGAGCCUCCUGCGGCUCCUGCCCCGGGUGUCCACCGGUCAGCCGCAGCGCAUCAAGGCCAUGAAGAAGGGCAAAGAGAAGAACGACCCGGAGGUGAUCCUCACGGACCACGACCCCUUCGUGCUGAGAUGCUGCAUCCAUUGCAUCGCUCUGGUGAGCCUGGAGCACAACCUGCCCAGCUUCCAGCGCUUCGUGGAUCUAGGCCUCCCAAAGUUGCUCUUCGAUCUGUUCUACAGCGAGCAGAUCGACAAAAGCUCCGGGGAGGCCGUGGUGCUUUUCUUCGCCAACAUCCUGCACAGCGCCAAGCAGAUCCAGGCGCAGAUCAUGAAAGGUGCGGAUAUCGUGCAGCUGCUGCUGUCCGCCCGGGAUAUGCUGUUCUCCCCACACACUGUGUCCCGUUGCCUGUCGGCGUUGCUGUGCAUCGCCCGGGUGCCGGACUUCAAGCGGGUGGUGCUGAGCCACCUGGAUUUACUGAUGGCGGACAUCAACGCCAACUUGAACGCGGAGGAGCGGGACGAGCACUUUUAUCAGAUCGCCGCCCUGCAGUGCGCGCUGCUGUCGGAGCUGGCGAGGGCCAGCUACGAGUACCACGAGCGCAUGGCCAAGGCGGGCAUGGUGGAGGCGCUGUUGGUCUUCAUCACGGUGGCCGGCAGAGGCUUGAACGGGGAGGUGUGCAUCGAGCUGCUCAUGGGCGCCGUCUUCGGCAUCGCGGCGCUGGUGGGGUCCCCCACCGGGGGGGACCACUCCAUGGCCAGCCUCAUCUUCCCGGCCACCCGCAUGCAGCUGCUGCUCAGCCUGCUGCGACUGCCCCAGGAGGACAUCAACGCGGCCUUCCACUCCGGCACCGUGGGCCUGCGCACGCUGCAGCGGGUCAUCUACCCCAACAUCACUCCGGAGGAGCUGCAUGUGGACCAGAUGGAUCUACUCAGCUUCCUGGGCAACUGCGCCAUUAAGCCCGCCAACUUCAUCUACAGGAACGUGAUCCGAACCAUGUGCCUUCUCCUGGCGCACCACGAGAUGGGGCCCAGGGUGCAGCAAGCGAUCGCCCCGAGCAACGUGGUGCCCACCUGCCUCUUUGCCAUGAAAGGCUGCGAGGACACGUACGUCCAGGUCUACGGAUUUUUGCUGGUUGCAAAUUUCAGCCGGGACCGCAGCUUGCUGUACAACUUCCUCAACGAGUCCGCGGUGAUCAACGAGCUGCUGACCACGAUCCGGAGGUCCGCGGCCAGCGCUUCUCAGCCGGAGGAGCAGGUCCCGGUGAGGGAGACGCUGGCCACGGUCACGGGCCCUUGGAGCAGCAGCGCCGUGUCCAGGAACCGCUACAUGCUGGCUAUGUCGGCCCUCACAAACUUUGCGGAGCGUGUCAAGGAGAAGUUCCGUGGGGACGACGGAGAAAUCCCCGUGAAUCCUGACAUGAAGGAUGACGGCGGUCUGGUCAUCUCCAACCGCAUCACCCUGAACAAACUGACCUCCACUUGUAUGAGGGAGUUGGACACCAUUGGCAUGGAGCGGAAGCUCGGAGAGCUUCAGCCCACCGAGGAGUUCAUCGCCAUGCUGCGCGUCUUGGUUUGCGCCAACAACUUCCUGGCCAAGGUGGAGCUUGAGGAUCCCGGGCGUGGUGGAGAGGUGAAGUUGGAAGCUUGGGAUACCAGCUAUGUGAACUUGCUGGGGGACGACAAGAAAGCCAAGGACAACCUGGUGCUGCAACCUCUGCGCCAUGACUUCAGGACUUUGGGGAUGCUACACAGCAAGACGCAGGGUAUGCUGGAGGUGGUGAAGCUUUGCUUGAACUCCGGGCAGGCAUCGUCACUGGUGGCGGCUGUCGUCGAGUGCCUUACCGGCCUCACCUUCCUCAGCCCGCUGAGUAUCCGAGCUCCCUUGGUGGCGUACAAGAUCUCUCUUGGCUGUCCGGAGUGGCUCCAGCCCAGCCUGAUGGCGCUGAUUGCCAACUCCUUGGCCCAUCCAGCUCGCAUCAAGCAGUUCGACGAGGAAGAGCCCGAGUGCAUGCUGCGAGCCCGUUCUGACCAUCUUUUCCCAAUGCUGGCCACCUCGACUUUGGAGAUCCGCCAGAAGGUCCUCGGGGUCCUGGCCAAUGCAGCGGCGCAGGACGAGCUGCUGGAGUUCAUCGUCAACUCCGGGGUCUUCCGCAUUUGCAAGGCCAUUCCGGGCAAGGGAUGGUUCGUGGAGCACUUUGCGCUCAUGAUCGAGCUCACGAGGAUGCUCACCAACCUGACCUGUCGUCCUGAGACGCAUGAAGCCGUGAUGACACCAGACACAAUGGCUUUCCUCCGAGAUGUUCUGAGACAUUGCGCAGUGCUGUUCCACACAGCUGCCCGUCUUGCAGAUUUGCAGGAGGAGGAUAAGUUCGAUUACUACGAGGUCAUGUUUGAGCCUGACGACGCUCCACCUCUCGGCCUGAGGAUCCGCUGGGAGUUGCCUCCGCAGCUCACAGAGGUGCUGCCGAACACGCCUGCGGCGCGGGUGGGCGACGAGCUGCGGCCGGGCGACGAGCUGGUGGAGGUGAACGGCAUGGACGUCACAGAGCUGGAGCAAGGCGACAUUGCCCCAAUGUUCGAAGCCCGACCCUUGAAGCUGCUUUUCCGACGGCGGCCGGUGCCACUCGAGGACGCGCUGGACGAUGGCAGCAUGAGGGUUGUUGGCAACAUCCGCAUUGAGGAGGUGUCGGCCUACGGGGAUUCGCAGCAGUACCUGGAGUGCUUCAACCUGGCUGUGCUGGUGGUGCACAACUUGGCGGUGCAGGCCAGCAACCUGAGCCUCCUCCACAGCGAGCCGCGCAUCCUCAUGGUGCUGCUGGAGGUGAUGCCAGCGGACGCGACCUCGCCGUCCUUGCGGCGCCUGAUCUUCUCGACCCUGACGUGCCUUUGUCAGGAGCCGGCAGUCUCAGGGCGCAUCUUCCAUGCCAUGGCGGACUUCUUCCAGAACUGCCAGAAGACGGACUCCUCCCUCCACAAGUACAUCAUGUGCUGCUUGGCGAGAGAGUGA